ACCACCUUCCACCAACCCCCGGACAUUGUAUUGGUCGGCCAGCCGCUAUGGCGAUUGGGAGGUUCGUGACGCUGUCCCGAAGUUGUUGAGAGGGAACAGCGGGCGGCGACGGAAAAAUGGACUCCGUGUUUGUGACGGUCGGGACGACAAGCUUCGAUGAGCUGAUCCGAGAAGUAUCUUCGGAAAAGGUGACACAAAUUCUACAAGAUUUGGGCUACAGGAAACUGAUUCUUCAGAUUGGCCGUGGCAGUGUUGAACCAAAGCCUAUUGUUGGAACAAAUUUCACUCUUGAAGUUUAUAGGUUCAAGGACUCGAUAGCAGAUGACAUUAAAAAUGCCACACUUGUUAUCAGUCAUGCUGGUGCCGGAACUUGUCUGGAGACCCUUGAAGCAGGAAAGUCACUUGUAGUUGUCAUUAAUGAAGAGUUGAUGAACAACCACCAGUUGGAACUAGCCAAACAGCUGCAUAGUGAUGGGCAUCUCCUCUACUGCACUUGCAGCACACUUUCUGAAACAUUACAGAAAUUGGACUCAACAUCCCUGAAACCAUUUCCUCCAGGACACCCAGAAAGAUUUUCAGCAUUUUUGGAUAAAGUCCUAGGAUUCGAACUUAAAUUCUAUCUAGCCUUUUUUAAAAAAUAUAUAUAUAUUUUAAGAAAAAAAACACAUGUUACCUUAUGGCGGGGUGGAGAAAUGCAGAAGGGGGAUAGAAAGUAUUUCGGCCAGAAAUCUCUGAAUGAAGUGACCAUGGAUGAGUAUCUGAGUAGUCAGGGGUUGUAUCGAAAACUCACCGCCAAGGAUGGCUCCUGUCUCUUCAGGACUGUUUCCGAGCAGCUGUUUUUGACUCAAAUGUAUCACUUGGAGAUCCGAAAAACUUGCGUUAUAUACAUGAGGGUGAAUCGAAGUAAAUUCGAGGCAUUUAUAGAUGGCCCUUUAGACAAACACUUGGAACGUUUGAGUGAUCCAAAGGAAUGGGCUGGUAUGUUGGAAAUGAAUGCUUUAUCACUGAUGUACAAUUGUGACUUUCUCAUUUACCGGUAUCCUGGAAAACUACCCAUCCAAGCUACAAAUAAUGGAUUUGAGAAGACGAUCUCACUUUGUUGUUCCAACAAUGGUCAUUAUGAUAGUGUGUUUACGAAACAGUUUCAAGGGCAUGCAGCCAUUUGUCAAGCAAUUGUAUAUGAAGUGCUGUACAGAGAUGUCUUUGGAGUGGAUGAAGAAGAAUUACGAGCAGCAGUGGAGUUGUUCCGCAGUCAUGGCAAGAAAACCAGAAAGAGCAGUAACUGCCAAAGCAAUGGUGAUACUGCACAACUUUUUCAGGAAGAUAUUCAGAGGAAUGGUGCAGAAAAUAGUGAUCACGAGGGCUCUCCAGAGGAGAAAAUGGCAAGACCCAGUGCAGAAGAAACAAAGAAUGUUGAUGGCCCAUCAAAGAUGCCAUUUCCCUUUAAGGUAUUGAAGGCAUUGGAUUCAGAAAUUUAUCGCAAUGUGGAAUUUGAUGUCUGGCUCGAUAGCAGAAAAGAGCAGCAAAAGGUGGACUACAUGGUGGUUUCUGGAAGGCAAUAUUGUUUAGGUGACAAAUGUCAGGUGAAACUUGAGCAAGGAGACAAAUACUACAAUGCCCAUAUACAAGAAGCAGGCCAAGAUGGCAACUCGGUGACUGUCUUCAUAGAAGAACUAGCUGAAAAGCACACUGUUCCUUUGGCAAACCUGAAGCCUGUGACCCAAGUGACACCGGUUCCUGCCUGGAAUAUUGUUUCAAACAGAAAAGGUGGAAACUAUCAGAAGAUACCUAGUGGAUAUGUUUCUGAGUUAGACCUUGAUCCAAAGUCACGCAGGCGAUUUAUGAAGAAGAUUCGUGGAAAACAGGUUUUUAUGGCAUUUGCUUAUGGAAGGGGUCAACCUGUGCUUCCUCCACGUCUGCAAAACAAUCUUCCUUCUGGAAGAUCUUCUCUUCCUCCGACUCAAAGUGGCAACUUUGCUCCUUAUGAUCAAUACAGGGUCCCUCCUCCACCUCAAAGAACUGGCAGGAACAACUAUGCUUCGUCUAGGAAUCCAGCUACUCGAUUUGUGGGUCAACAUGGCUUUGUUGAUCCUGACUACAUCUAUGGCUUUUCUGGCUCAGGAAAGGGAUGUUUUCAACAUUAUGACAAUUUCGCCUAUAGAUCUCGCUCUUAUAGCAGAAGUCGCAAACCUGUUCAGUAUGUUAACAAGGAUUGCCAGUUUGGCUAUAUAACAGAGAGUGAGGAGGAACCAAGAGCUACUGAAGAAACUGUCACUUUCUAUGAAUUUGAAGAAGGAAAUGAGCCAACCUUUCCUGUUGUGCAUAAUCAAUCUUCUCCUCCAACUUUACAAGCUCCAUCUGGGUACUGGGUAACUAGAAGGGGAAGCCCAGUCUCUGUUGCUAAGCAAGUCAAUUCCUCAGAAGAUACUGAUGAGCCAAGUGAUGGUGGAGACUAUCAUGAAGACUUUAUUUAUGCAGCAUCAGAUUCAGGAUAUUCCGAUCCAAUGGUGUAUAGUACAACAGAAUCGACAGCUAAUCUUUCUAUUCAGGAAGGAUGUUCUGCUGUGGAGUCACCCCAGGAGGGCCAGGUUGCUGCACACUUCAGUUAUUCGCAGCAGAUGGUAAAUUCAUCAGUGGCACCCACAUCCAGCUGUUCAGCCCCUGUUGCAGGUUUUUCCUCUAGCUCGACAGAAGCAAGCCAAACGUCAGUCACUUAUACAACGGUGCCAUCGCAGACAGUUGUAUCACCUGUUCUUGUACCUGCUCAUCCUGUUGGACGUCCAGGCCCUCCCCCUCCUGUCAGUGAAAUGGGUGAAACAGUCAGUUCUCCCACGCCGCCGCCACCGUAUUCCUGUGAUCCCAAUGGCAAUGAUCUUCCUCGAGAUAGAAAGGUGGUCCAGUAUUACUUCAACCUUGGUUUGCAGUGUUGCCACCAAAACUAUUGGCACUCAGUCUAUAUGCCACAGCAACAGCCAGUGGACAUUUACCCAGUGUUCCCUGCCACUUCCCAGUUUAUUGAACAGUCAACCAUGCCACAACUGUAUGGUGAUAAUGGGAGAAGUGAUGACCUUCAGAGUUCCUCUGACACUAUGUCUAAUGGAUCUUAUCCUACUGUGGAGCCUCAAACUGUUCCUCAUUCAACAAUGUACUAUCCAGUGCUGACUGAUCAGUACAUUCCAGCACCUGCUUAUGAUCCCUGUAUCCCUGCAGCAUCCGCACUUCAUUAUGUUGGUGCCUGGUACCCAACAAAUCAGAUGUGUAAUAGUUCACCAAGGCUGCAGAGCCCAGCACCUCCAGCUCCAUUAAAUUAUGUUGGACCUGCCAAUCUGCCUACACAUUAUGUAUCUCACUAAGUAUGAGAAAAAAAUUGGAUUUAACAUGCCUAAUUAGAGGUAGAUUGUUUACCUCCUUGCCCACUAUCCCCUUACCAACCCCAACCACUAUCGAGCAUCAGAUUCUUUAAUUGAUUUAACUCCGAUUCAAAAAAAUCAUCCACUUUUUCCUCUGCAAUUGCCUGAAAUACUUGUAUAUGUGGUCUUUUAUUUAAAUAGCUGUUCACAUCUCGAUACUGAGACUUUCUCACUUUGUAGUAAAGCUCCUAAUUGGGUUUGUAGACCAAAAUAAGGCAAAUGUUGCUUGUCAGUAGAUGUGCUUUAUGCAAGUUCUUUCCAUUGUGCAAUAUCAACAGAGCUUCAACUUCACCUUGAGUGAAGUGUCUUCUGAAAUCAGUUGAAGGGCUACCCUUCAAAGGAAAAAAGUUAUUCCAACAUUAUAAUGUAAUGUUUUUCACGUGUUGCUUGUUUCAGUUGGUUGAUUCCAGCAUACAAACCGUACCGCUUCUACCUCAUGUUUAAAAUCUUUGAUAUUUUUGAAAUCUUUAGUUUGUGAAAGCUUGUGUAUUUUUGAUCAGUUUAACAUGUUAACUUUCGUUUGCCAGUUUUGUGCCAGAAAAUGUUUGGCAUUGACUUUUUUGUUUUAGACUGUUGAUUGCUCAGCUCUGGAGUACAGUUCCAAAGGAAAUGCUAUGUGGUUGUGGGUUCAUCUUUCAUUUCAUGUUAAUAAAAUCUGAGCACUGCAA